AUGUCUUCCCAAACCGAGAUGAAGACUAAAUCUACGAGUUUCUCCCCCCGAAUGUCGAGAAAACCUCCCUUCACAGCAGAAGUACAAGGGAUCCCACAGGUUUCGGGUGAAACUAUCCCUCGUCGUAACGUUCGAUAUCCAGACCUUCUUUCCCAACCAGAAUCGGGCAUCGAGACUGUGUUCGAUAUCAUACAACAGAGCUCUCGUCGUUUUGGCGAUUGCACGAGCGCUGGGGAUCGGGUUUUGAGGAAACUUGGAUUGGUUAAGGAUGAUCGGUUCAUCUCUUUGCCACAACAAGGUAAUCGUUCAUAUUAUAGACUAUCAAAUAUCCAAGCUUAUACUGAAUCUAGCGCCCACUGGCUGUCAAUUGCCCAUGGUUCCAUGUCUCAAUCCAUGCCUAUCGUCACUGCAUACGAUACUCUUGGUGUCGAAGGACUCCGUCAUUCUCUCAUACAAACGAAAGCUAAGGCUAUAUUCUUAGAACCACAACUUCUGAGAACUCUACUUGAUUCUCUUGAAGACUUGAAGCACAUCGAAUACGUGAUAUAUAACACAGACGGUGAUACAGAACUCUCAUUGUCUAGUAUCAAAGAAUUGAAGAAGAGCCACAGUCACCUGACGCUCUUGAGCUAUGAUGAGCUCAUAGAUUUGGGACAUUUACAUCCCGUCGAAGUUGUGCCGCCUAAACCCGAAGAUCUAUGUUGCAUUAUGUACACAUCUGGAUCAAGUGGUACACCAAAAGGGGUCUCGCUGAAGCAUAAAAACGUUGUGGCUGCCAUUGCUGGAGCAAAUAGUAUUGUUGGCGACUAUCUAGGUCCCUCGGAUACACUGUUAGCAUACCUUCCCCUCGCUCAUAUCUUCGAAUUCGUAUUUGAAAACGCAUGUCUCUACUGGGGUGCCCUAAUGGGUUAUGGCCAUCCCCGAACUCUUUCCGAAACCUCCAUGAAGAAUUGCAAAGUUGAUAUCCUCGAAUUGAAACCCACACUUCUAGUGGGCGUACCAUCCGUUUGGGAGACUGUCAAAAAAGGUGUAAUUGCCAAUGUAACAAAGGUGGUCCAGUUCGGCCUACCCGGAACCAGUAUUUUGGAUACUGUUGUAUUCAACAAAGUCAAACAAGCGACUGGUGGACGGUUGAGAUUCUGCAUGAAUGGUGCUGGUCCCAUAUCUCAACAAACCCAAGAAUUCAUCUCUCACACCAUCACACCCAUGAUAUCUGGGUAUGGAUCCACAGAGACUGCCGCCAUGGGCGCAAUAUGCGACCCCCUUUCCUUUACCCUCCAAGCUGGUGAUAUCCCUGCCUGUAUCGAGAUAAAACUCGUCGACUUUCCCGACGCGGGAUACUUCGCUACUAACACUCCUCCACAAGGAGAAAUCUGGAUUCGAGGGCCUAGCGUCAUGUCCGAAUACUAUGAUAAUGUUGUCGAGACAGCCGAAGCACUUACCUCAGAUGGAUGGUUCAAAACUGGGGAUAUCGGGGAGUGGGAUAAGAAUGGACACUUGAAGAUCAUUGACCGCAAAAAGAACCUAGUAAAAACGAUGAACGGAGAGUACAUUGCUUUGGAGAAGCUAGAAUCAGUCUAUCGAUCCGCAACUAUAGUAGCGAAUAUAUGCAUUUACGCCUCGAUCUCCGAGACUCAUCCUAUCGCGAUUGUCGUUCCAGCCGAGCCGGCUCUCAAAACGCUCGCUGAGUCAAUCGGUGUAGAAGGUCAUGGCAUCGGUGAUUUAGUGCACAAUGAAUCUAUUAAUCGAGAAGUAUUGAAGCAAAUGCAGACUGUAGGAAAGAGAGCAGGGCUAGCUGUAACAGCGACCAUGAAACUCAAUCGAAAAGCAAUUUUCGACAGAUACGAGAAAGAUAUCAAUGUAGCGUAUGGGAAAUGA